AUGUCGUCACCAGCAGUCCAACUCUCUUUUACUCUCCGUACCUCUCCCAAUGUCCGCACUGUGCACUUACUUGGCUCAUGGGACAACUACAAAUCCCAGCUCCCCUUGUCUCUAGUCAAGGAUCCAGCAGCCAAGCCCGGUUCCUGGAAAGGCACGUUCCGUUUCCAAGGGUCGAAUGCUCUCAAAUUGGGCUCCCGCUACUGGUACUACUACAUUGUCGAUGGCUAUCAUGUUUCUCACGACCCGGCCAAAGAAUUCGUGACGGAGAAGACUACAGGCCGCAAGCUCAACAUCAUCGACGUUCCUGGCGGCGACAAAUCUAACCCGAAACCAUCCCGGCCUAGUGUCAACACCGAAGUCCCUUCAUCGCGCCACAGCAGGGAGAUCCCACAAGGUCGUGCGCUCAGCCCCGGAAAGAUCCAACAUCCAAAACCCAGCAAGCCGUACGCGUCUCGGCAGUUGCGCGAGGCUGACUACGAGGUUUCUCCCGUGGACGACCUUGAGGAACGUUUCGCGGGCUAUCGCAUAGCCGACUCCUCUGCCUCGCCGUCCGAAUUGUCAGAUGACAGCUCCUCUUCUGGAACUGCGUUCUCACGAUCCUCGCCCUCCUCCAUGUCGAGCGUGAGCGACCACAGCUGCCGCUGCGAGCGGUAUGGGGUCACUCGGACUGGCCAACGGGUAAAACUCGACUGCGGCGGGAAGCGCUGUGGCGCAUGGAGCUCGAGUUCCUCCGAGUGCGAUUCGAACGACAGCUCCGAAGAAUCAAGUGAGGAUGAGAGGGAGCGUCGUGCACGGAUGCACAGGGAGGCGGAGAAGAGAGCACCGGCGACGACAACGACGACCAAGGGGAAGAGCAGUGGCGGCGGCGACGACAGGAGGAAGACUGUUGUUGUAGAGAAGAGACGGAAGUAG